AUGGCAGACGGAGGCCGCGAGCCGACUAACAAGGAUCUUAUGGAUUGCAUGAACGCAUUAGGCGUUAGAAUAGGAGCCAUGGAGCGUAAGCUCGGUGUCCUCGAUAACCUGGAGGUAAAAGUUAUGGACUUUGACAAAGAGCUCAAGAAAAUUUGGUUGGCGUUGGACGACCGCGUAAAACGCACCGAUGCGCGAGUUAUGUCGCUAGAAGAGCGAGUGGAUUACGCAGACGUCGGGGCGGCGCAGAUGGCCGAGAAGGUGGCUAUGCUGGAGAAACAGCGGGAGGAGCUGCGGGACGACGUUGCGCACCUGAAAUCGCAAUCCAUGCGGAACAACCUAGUGUUCACAAUUAUCCAAGAGGACAACUCCACCGUCAACGAGACGGCGGAAACUACGGAAACAAAGUUACGUAAUCAUUUACAAGAGAAACUAAAAAUUGCAAAGGACAUUGCAGACACGAUCCGCUUUGAGCGCGUUCAUCGUUCACCGGGACAGCCAGUUUCCGGUAAGAUUCGCAACAUCGUUGCCAAAUUUACAUUUUUCAAGGACCGGGAGAUGUUCCCACCGGAAGUGGUUGAAAAGCGCCGAAAGUUAGUGCCUAAAAUAAAGGACGCCAAAAAAGAGGGAAAACGAUCUUGGAUCGUGUACGAUACCCUGUACGUGGACGGUAAACCAGUGAAACAGUAG